AUGAAUAAUUGGACAGAUACUAAUUCCCAGGAAAUUCAAGUGUUUUUUGGUAUUUUUAUAUGGAUGGGCUUAAAUGUUAGACCAGCAUUAUCUGAUUAUUGGUCUAAUGACCCAUUAUACAAAAAUGAUUUUAUAUCACAUCUAAUGACACGCAAUAGAUUUGAGCUAUUAAUGAGGAUGUUACAUUUCAAUGAUAACCAAAUACUUAAUUCAAAUGACAAAUUAGUAAAAAUCAGACCCUUUCUUACAUUGUUGAAAAAUAAUAUUCAGUCAGUUUAUUCAGCUGGUGAAAAAAUGGUAAUUGAUGAAAGUAUGAUUGCCUGGAGAGGUCGUCUUGGGUUUAGGCAAUACAUUCCAGGAAAAAAACAUAAAUUUGGUGUCAAAGUUUUUAAACUUUGUACUGGGAAUGGUUACACAUAUGAUUUUGAAAUAUAUUCUGGUCGAGAGAUAAACACAGUAACAGCUACAGGAAAUGUUGGUGAAAAAAUUGUGAUGAAACUUACCAAUAAUUUAUUAAAUGCAGGACGAACAUUAUACACAGAUAACUUUUAUACAAGUUGUCUUCUAGCUCGCGUGUUACUUCAAAAUAAAACUCAUUUAAUUGGAACUCUUCGAAAAAAUAGGAAAUAUCUUCCUAAAGAUGUUGUAGGGGCUAAAAUGAAAAAAAAGUGA